GUGAAUGGAGGAGGAUAUUACAACCAGUGCAUGGACCGGUGCAGAGAAGAAAUAGCAACUCACUCUCUGAAGCUCCCAGACGCACAACAAUUCCAAGAGGAGCCGACAUUACACGGAUUCCGGACAUUGAUGGACUGCUAUUUUUUCUUCUUCUUCCAAUAAUACACAAUAAUAAUUCCUGUUCUUCUUCAAAACAAGCUUCUUGCUCAACAAGUAAGGUCACUGUUUUAGAGCUGGCACUGUGCCCUGCACUUGAUUCUGCCUCUGGAGAUGACUUUUUUUUUUAAAUUAUCACUCUGAUUCACCUUGCAGCCAUGUUUUGGGACAGGACGCAUUAAUGGUGCCGCAGUGGUCAGGUAAAAAUAAAACAAGAAACGAGAGGCUUUGGGGGGCAACAAAGGUUUAAUAACGCAGAACCUUAAGAAGGGAAAGGACAUCCACACCUUCCAUCGCUGAUACAAGAAGUCAGAUUCUAUUGAUUUCAAAUCUUUUUAAUCACCGGUGGGAUUUUACCCUCACCGGUUGUGCUUGUGUGCUACAAAAUUAGACUUGAAUCAAAACAGACUAUCAAAUAUUACCAGGAUCAAAGUGACAGAGGUUACACACAUGAAUGGGAAAGAAGCAGAGCUCUGCUUCUAAAGAUCCGCGCAAAGUGCGAGAGAGAGAGAGAGAGAGAGAGAGAGAGAGAGAGAGAGCGAGAGAGAGAGGAGAGCCACUGCAGCUGCGCCAACAAAAGAGUUGGGCUCACUUUAAAGUGUUUUCUGUGAUUAGAUUCUGACAUUCUUCCUCACUCCUCCUGAAUAUAACACACUAAAUAUAAUCCGACAUUUACGCACGGUUACGCACGAAGCCCAUGUGUGAGACCCUCCAGGAUGCACUGAUGCUUAAGAUUUGGUUAUUUCACUCAUGAUUUUGGGCAAGUAAAUUAAUUGCAAAUCUCCGAACACGCAAGAGCAGUUAUUCUUUUUUACUGCAUGUAAAUAAAUCGGAUGAUCACACAGUCUGCUGGGAAACCUCUUGCUGCUGAGUUGGAAAACAGGGGCACAUUCUUCAAAGAGUGACAUUAUUUUUCCUUUUUUUAUUCAAUAUAAAUACAAAUAAAACUUGUAUACAGGCUAUACAUUAGUAUAACAAUGUUAUUGAUCAGACUACUGGCUGUCUUCCUCGUCCUCAUUACGAACACGUGGCUGCUCAGCCCGGUUCGCUCCAACGCGCUCAGUCGCUACAAACGCGCCAUGGCACAGCGGGCGGACCAUGAGCUCUCGAGGCUAGGAGGUGAACCCUGCACCGUCGCCGGGGUCUGGAGGUCCCGGCGGCAGCCCCGCUCCCUCUCCCCGUCACAACAUCGCCCUCCAGCGGCCCAUCCGAGGACGCACACGACGAGCCUGCGAGAGCUGUACACUGUGAAGAUCGCUGCUGCGGUCUGUGCAGGAGGGUGCGGGGGUGACGACGCCGGCCACCGCCGGGUCCAGGAGAAGGCAGGCUGGAGCAACGCGGAGGACGGAAUUGUGACGUUGCAUCAGAAACGCUCCACAAGUGACAGCGGAGGCGCAAGUCAUGUCAGCGAGGACGCGGGCAGAUCCGCGCGUAAAGACGCCGAGCAGAGCGCGUCCUCCUCGGCCAGCGCGCCAUCACCACUCAGCUCCGGCUCCAGACUUGCGCGCAGCGUCGACACCAAGUUUCCAUACGAGGAUGAGGGCAACUCCAGCUGGGAGAAAGUUUUCCACGACAGCGUAACAGAUUCCAGAGGACUCCAGGUUCUCCACAAACUGCAGCGGGGAGAUGCAGCGACCGUGGAGGACGACUAUUCCGGGGAGAUGGAAGAGGCAGACCCGCCGGCGAGCCUGCCCGUCGGCGGCUCCUCAACGUGGGGGAGCCCAGUGCCCCGGGUGCCCCCUUCAUGGAUGACCGCCCUCUACUUCAGCGGUCGUAGGGAGUUGUUGAAGCUGAAGCCGGCGGUGACAGUGGAGCUGCCGAGGGCCAAAUUCAGCCUGGAGCUGUGGGUGAAUCCUGAAGGAGGGCAGAGCAACCCUGCAGUAAUAGCAGGUGUAUUUGACAACUGCUCCCAUUCACUGAGUGAGAAGGGCUGGUCAGUAGGUAUACGCACUGUGGAAACUGCCGGCAUCAAAGACGCAAGGUUCUACUUCACGCUCCGGACAGACCGGGCAGUAAAGUCUACCACCGUCUACAGCCACCAGCGAUACCGAGCCAGUGUCUGGACUCACUUAAUGGCCACUUACAACGGCCACAACAUGACCCUGUAUGUUGAUGGCGCUAAGGUUGGGGAAAGCAACCUGCAGUCUGGGAAUCUGUACAGCCCCUUCAUGAGGACCUGCAGAACCCUCUUCCUCGGCAGCAACCAAUCAGAUCUAGGAUACAGCUUCAGGGGCCACAUAGGGGGCGUGGUUUUGUGGGGCUACGCCCGCUCUCAUGAGGACCUGCUAAAGCGUCCGCUUCAAACUGACAAGAGUGAGCCGGUCUUGGCAAUGUGGGCUGACUUUUCUAAUGUGGAACAGCUCUGGAGUCCAUAUAAAACUGGCCUUCAUCCAACCAUUAUCACCAUUCCAGUCCCUGAACGGGAACUAGUCUCCUCAUUCCUGCCACCACCCUGUGGCCUGACACUCUGCGACAACACUGACAUCAUCUUCGGCUACAACAACAACUGGCAGCUUCGUAACUCCAAACAGGUUCGCUACCGGAUCGUCAACCUCAGCGAAGACGAUGGUGGAAACCCCACGGUAAUGCCAGCCCAGAUCCAAGUCCAGCACCGGGCUCUGACUGAGGCCUUUCUCCCCUACAACAUCACCCUGGAUCUGAGUGUUCACACUGUCAGAAACUCCAGCCUCAGGCAGAAGUUCAUACUGAGCAACUGUCGAAUUGGAAAGAUCGGUAAUCGCCAGUGUGACCCUGAGUGCGACCACCCAAGAACGGGCCACGACGGAGGGGACUGUCUUCGACUGGGACCCUGCUACAACUGGAAGAGGCAGGAUGGGGUUUGUAACAUGGAGUGCAACAGCAUACACUACGACUACGAUGAUGGAGACUGCUGCGACCCGGAGGUCACUGACGUCCUCAAGACCUGCUUUGAUCCUGAGUCCCCUGACAGGGCCUAUAUGAGCGUGAAAGAGCUAAAGGAGGAGCUAAACCUGAGCGGCUCAGACACACUCAAUGUUUUCUUUGCUAGCAACUCAGUGCGCGAAGAGCUGGCAGGGGCUGCAACGUGGCCGUGGGCAAAGGAGGCGCUGACCCACCAAGGUGGGAUGGUGCUCAACCCGUCCUACUUUGGUACCGUAGGACACACCAACACCAUGAUCCAUGAGAUGGGACACAUCUUUGGCCUGUACCAUGUCUUCAAAGGGGUGAGCGAGCGGGACUCCUGUGAUGACCCAUGUCAGGAAACCACCCCGUCCAUGGAGACGGGUGACCUGUGUGCCGACACUGCCCCGACACCCAAAUCCAAAGUCUGCCACGAUCCUGGAGCUGUCAACGACACCUGCGGUGUCACCACCUAUCACGACACACCGUACAGCAAUUACAUGAGCUACACAGAUGACAACUGCACAAACCAUUUCACUCCCAACCAAGUGGCUAGGAUGCACUGUUAUCUGGACUUGGUUUACCAGAAGUGGCUGAUGGACCGUCAACCAACCCCCAUCCCUCUGGCCCCCAUAAUAACUGACCGGAGCCCAGAUUCUGUCUCUAUUUACUGGCUGCCUCCUAUGAGGGGACCUCUUUAUCAAAGCUCCUCCAUGCAAACAUCUGCCAUUAACUGUGGCAACUGUGAGAAGGAUGGCGUUUUCCACCAGUACGCUUACGAGGCAUCUUCUCCUCGCAUCUGCGACACGUCAGGCUACUGGACACCCGAGGAGGCAGUUGGCCCCCCAGAUGUGGAGCAGCCCUGUGACCCCAGUCUCCAGGCGUGGAGUCCCGAACUCAGCCUGUACGACACGAACGUGACGUCACCUUGCCCCGACACUGAGGGCUGCACGCUCACGCUGAGAUUCCUCCACCCCAUCGUCCCACACGCACUCACCCUCUGGGUCACCUACAUCUCUGCAAACAACCCGGCCAUCGCCAACAUAGAGCUGAUAACAGACACGGGGAAAAGCAUCAACCUCGGAGCCCAGCACGUCUUCUGUGACAUGCCCCUCACGCUGCGCCUGAACACCCACGACGUCGCCAUUGCCGCCAUAAAACUCUGCACCUUUGAUGAGAAGUUGGAGAUCGACGCGGCCAUGUUGUCGUCGGGCCCCGGCGGCCCCCUGUGCUCCGGCUGCCAGCCGCUGCUCUACAGGAUUGAGCGGGAGCCGCCUUUCGCUGGCAGGACACCGUCACCUCAGACUCAUCAGACGUUUACUGACAGCUCUGUAAAGCGGGGAGUCAAGUACCAGUACACGAUCCAGGUGGAAGCAGACGGUCUCGUCAGUGCUCACUCUCCACCUCUCCUCUACACACAUGGACAGUCCUACUGUGGGGACGGUCUGAUACAAGGGACAGAAGAAUGUGAUGACAGUAAUCUGCUGGACGGGGACGGCUGCUCCAAGAAGUGUCUCAAGGAGACGGGCUUCAAAUGCAAUGGCGAACCCAGUCAGUGCUAUGUGUUUGACGGCGACGGCGUGUGUGAGGAGUUCGAGCGGGGCUCCAGCGUGCAGGACUGCGGUUACUUCACACCGCUGGGCUACACGGAUCAAUGGGCAUCCACCGCUACUGCCUCUCACCAGGAUCCCAAACACUGUCCUGCCCACGCUGCCACCGGGGAGCCAUCACUCAAAAAGCUCUGCAGAUAUCAGCACCUCGACGAGAGUGACAAAUCGCCCACCGACGCCUGGUUUCCCUGCACAGCCACAACAGACACAAAUAAUGACCUGGAACAUUCAUUUUGGCUAAAGGUGGGAUUUGUCCACCCUGGAGUGGCAGCCUCUGUCAUGGUGUACCUGGCAUCAGACGGCUCAGUGUCCGGGGAUCAGUGCCGGAGCACAGCCACCAUCUUCCUCUCUGAUACUACCGGCAAAAACCACUCACUAGGGACGUAUGACCUCUCGUGCCACCGGAACCCGUUAGUGGUGAAUGUGACCCAUGACCUCUCGCGGCCCUUCUUCCUCACAGCCUCUGUGAUCCUCCUGUUCUCCUCGCCCUCUGUGGCUGUGGGCGGUGUGGCCCUGAGGACCUCAUGUCACUUCAGCACCUUCGCCCUGACCGGGUGCGCAUCAGAGGGUGGGCUCUCCCACAGCUACCUACUAAACACACACAGCAUCUGUUUGCGGCAGCCGUGUCAGAUGGACAGCUGCAGCCCGCCUCAGUUAGAGCACGCCUCAGUCAGGUGCACAGGAGGAGGAGAAUCCUCCCACUGCUCUGUUCAGUGCCACCGCGGUUUCAGUGUCAACGUCCUCAACGGCAAACGAGCCCCAGCCCAUCAGAGAAAGACGGAGCUGGAGUGUUUUCAAGGUUCAUGGGAUCGUAUCGUGAGCUGUCAGCCCGUGGACUGUGGCCUGCCCGAUCAGUCGCACGUCUACCACGCCAUAUUCAGCUGCCCCUGGGGAACCACCUUUGGCAAACAGUGUUCCUUCACCUGUGGAUCCCCGGCCAUUCUACAAGGUGACAGCGACAGGUUGGUGUGUUUGGAGGACGGACUGUGGUCGUUCCCCGAGGCUUACUGCAAGAUCGAGUGUCCGGAGAUCCCAAACAUCUCCAACGUCAGGCUGCUAACGGCCGACUGCGUGGCCUCGGGUCACGACGUCGGCUCCGCGUGUCGCUACAAAUGUGACCCGGGUUUCUACGUGAAAGGGAGCCUCACGAAGAAAACGCCCAGGAAGUAUUUCAAGUUGGAGUGCCUGGAGGGGGGUCAGUGGGAGGAAAGUGGCUGCGAGCCCAUAUCCUGCCCCGCUUUACCCGACGUAUUCCAGGGCAUGUACACCUGCACCAACGGCCUGUACUACGACACCGUCUGCACUCUGCGCUGCUCGGAUCCAACGGAAAAUAUCGAGAUUCGCUGCACGAAGGACGGCGCCUGGACAGCGGCGUUCUCCAUGUGCUCCAGGCUCCAGGGAUCCUGCUCCUCUCCUCCUGAUCUCAACUCAGUGGAGUACAGCUGUGACCAGGGGAUGGAUGUCGGUGCUGUGUGCUACCCAACAUGCAUCGUGGCCCUGGACAUGGACCUGCGUGACCCGGUGGCUCUGUCCAAUGGCACAACAGCGGACUCUGUGAAGCACUGGAUGCUGCCCACCCAAGUCCAGAGCAUAGUCUGUACAGGGAUGAUGAAGUGGUACCCCGACCCUCAACACAUCCACUGCAUCCCAUCAUGUGAGCCUUUUGGAGGGGAUGGCUGGUGUGACACCAACAACAACCGGGCCUACUGCCAGUACGACGGAGGGGACUGCUGCCCGUCAACGCUCUCCAGCCGAAAGGUCAUCCAGUUUGGGGCGGACUGCAAUCAGGACGAGUGCACUUGCCGUGAUCCGGACGCCGAGGAGAACAAGAGUAAAGCCAAGCCCCUGGAUGGAGGAGGAAAAGGAGGAGGAGGAGGAGGAGGAGGAGGGGGAGGAGGGGGAAUGCAGUAAGAUGGUGUCGAAUGAAAGAAGCUGAACUUGUGUAAAACACAGUCGAAAAAACCACAGACUACACACCACAACAAGAAAAAGACAGAGUAACUAUUCAAGCUUCAUGUUUUUUUAAUGUGAAUAAAAAAACUGCUAUUAAAGUCAGACUUCAUGCAAAGGCCGUUUCAUUUAAACAUAAGUGAUAAAAAAAAAAAAGCAUCACUUAUGAGUCACGUUGGUUUAAAUUUAUUUUCUGCCUUCACUGCACUAACUCUCACUGCUGGAUUUGUGUGAGAGCAAAAAAAAAGAAAGAAAAAAAAAGUGAUAUUUUUGUUCAAACGGGGGUUAAAAGGCCGUUUAUCCACUCUGCUACAAAUCAAAUCAAGGUAAUUGGAUCAAGUAAGUGUUGUAAAUGGAUUCGAGUACUUUUCUGGACUUGAUUAGCCUCGAGAGGAGGAGGAAACUGAAAGAGGACUGGAUGUACCUGAGAAGUGUUCGGCACACGCACAGGCCUUUCCAAGAAGAGCUACUGCUACCCGACGUGUUUACUCGCGCGUCCAGUCGGGGAUCACGUUUCAUAGGAAUAGUCUCAAUACCACGUUUAAUCCAAAACACAGAGUCAAAAACAGGCAAAUGUACCUCAAAACAAACUCCCGUGUCACGGCAGACCACAGGAAAACGACUGACUAAUGUUCAUCGCCGCGCGUCACAUCCUCCGUGUAGCUGUGAGAGGACACAUCACAUCUGUAAAGACUAACAUGUAUAGACUAAUAUAUUUGGAUUACCCGAGACACACACACACACACACACACACACACACACUGUAUCUUCUAGCUUCACAUGUUAUUAGUUCCACAAGUCAUGACUCUACUAUUUAUAUAUCACAAACAUUUACUUGUACCACGCAGCAUGUGCACAGAGCUUGCCAAAAAAAAAAAAAACCUGUCGUGUGUCAUGUUUUUUUUUGUUGUUGUCUGUUUUGUUUGUUGUAAACACACAAAUAUACGUUUGUCGGAUGAGUCGUGUCGUCCCCAUCUGUGCUGUAGAUGUAGAUGAAUCGGAGGUUGGGUCAAAAAAGCAACCGUUGCAUUGAAGAGAUGCCCAAAAUGAACGAGUGUUUGAUAAACUGUAACGGCUGUGACUUUUGUGUCGAGUGGCAGUUCACGUCAGUGUUUCCGGUCUUCAUUCAUCGAGUAACGAUGAAGCGCCCCAUCCAAAUAUUCUAUCUAUAAAAGUGUACUCCUGUUAUUUGUGAUAUUUUACUGUACUUUAUACACUAUAUGAAAUAAAUAGCUACUUUAUACCGACCCAUACAA